GUUGUGCACUUGUGUUACAGAGGACAGCACCGUGUGCCUCUGUCUGGUUAUUGUGUGGGUGGGAGGCAGCAAGCCAGCCAAGUCAGUCAAUCCAACUCUCCAUGUAUUGACCACCCAUCAGUCUCAAAACGAAGCAGCCUCCUUCCUUUGAAGUACUCGACCCACACCGACAUCUAAACCCGACCCGAAUUGUUUGCUUCUUCUCCUUCUUCUUCGCGUUCUGCAAAAAAAAUGGGUACGGCUUCUGCUAAAUCAAGAAAAGCUCUUGUGUUUAUAUUCAAUCGCUUGAUUAUUAGAGUGACUGUUUCAUUUCAUGCUCUAACUUAUUAUUGUUAUUACUAUUCCACUCUUGCUCAUGCUCAAACUAGUAGUAGUUGUUAUAGUAGUAGUGGUAGAGAAAAUGUGGAUAGUACCCAUAAUCAGAAUCAGAAUCUGUUCCUGAAAUCUGUGAGACAUCAGUGCAAAUCUCGAGCCUUUAGGAAUCUCGAUCACGCCUUAAACUUGUUUGAUACAAUGCUUCACAUGCGCCCUUUGCCUUCCAUUGACGAUUUCAAUCACAUGUUGGGUGCAAUUGCAAGAAUGAAGCAUUACACGGUAGUCGUUGCUCUAAUUAAGCAAAUGGAGUCAUUGGGUGUGUCUCCUGAUGUUUAUACUGUGAAUGUUUUGAUUAAUUGCUUUUGUUGUUUGAACCGGGUUGAUUUCAGGUUCUCUAGUUUAGGAAGAGUUUUGAAACUUGGUUACCAGCCGGACUGUAUUACUCUAAACACUCUUGUAAAGGGGCUGUGUCUUCAGGGUAAUAUUGCUGGAGCCGUGAGGAUGGUAGAUGAAUUGGAGAAGAAAGGUUAUGAGCUUGAUGUAAUUACUUAUGGAACGAUAGUUAAUGGUUUGUGUAAGGCAGGUGAGACUAGUGUGGCUAUUGGGUUGCUCAGGAAGAUCGAAAAAGGGAAUGUUGAACUUAAUGUGGUGCUUUAUAGUGCAAUCAUUGAUAGUUUGUGUAAGGAUAGAUUGGUAAUUGAGGCUUUGAAUCUUUUUUCGGAAAUGUUGAGUAAAAGCAUUCGGCCAGACCUGGUCACUUACACGUGUUUAAUCCAAGGUCUAUGUAGUUUUGGCUGGUGGAAGGAGGCUACUUAUUUGUUGAAUGAGAUGACACAAAGGAAAAUAACGCCAAAUGUGCAAACCUUUAGCAUAUUGUUGGACACGCUUUGCAAAGAGGGGAUGUUGGCAGAGGCAAACAAAGUUUUUGAUUUGAUGAUUCAAAGAGGCAUUGAGCCCAACACAACCACUUUUCAGUCUUUGAUUGAUGGUUAUUGUUUGCAAAACAAAAUGGAUGAUGUAGUCAAAAUAUUUAAUCUGAUGAUUGAGAGGGGUUGUUUGCUAGAUGUUGUUAGUUAUAACAUAUUGAUUAAUGGAUACUGCAAAAAUAAAAGAAUUGAUGAUGCAAUGAGUCUCUUUCAUGAAAUGUCUAAUAAGGGAGUGAUUCCUAAUGUUGUAACUUACACGACUCUUAUAGGUGGGUUUUGUCGACUGCAAAGAACUCAGGAUGCACUUGAGCUGUUCUAUAAGAUGUGAGCUUAUGAGAUACAUCCAACUCUUCAGACUUGUGCUGUUUUGUUAGAUGGUCUUUGUAAGAACAAACAAAUUUUUGAGGCGAUGAAAUUGUUUCAGGAGAUGGAAGACAAAAAGUUAGACCAUAAUAUUGUGAUUUACAGCAUCUUGAUUGAUAGUUUGUUUAAUGCUGGGAAAUUUACGACUGCAAAAGAACUCUUUUAUAGUCUUGCCACCAAAGGGUUGCAACUUGAUGUUUGGACUUACACUAUUAUGAUCAAAGGGCUUUUCAAAUAUAGAAUAAUA